CCCUGUUAGCUAGCAUCGUUCCCUUUGAACGCAUCUUAUUUACAUAUUUCGCUGUAUGUACAGUGCACAACAUAAACGGGAAGCAAAAGCGACAUGAAAUUGAAAACUAAACUAUGAAGCGGAAGACUGAAGAGCAAAGCCUUCCAGUCUUAGGAAGGUAAAGUGUUUAGUGUUAAAGCUAGCUGUCUUACUGAUUUCUGUUUAACCGACGAAAAAACAUUUAGAUCAAGAAAGUGCCUUGAAAAAAAACAUUUGUUUUUAUGCAAAUUGGCGUUGGGGGUUGGCAUGAUUGGUCUUUGAAGACUGCAGUCAAGGAGACAUCUAAUCCAGCCAUAACUAGCUCUGUUAGCAGUCAGAUACUUUGAGCUGAGGGGCAAACUGACAUGGUUUUUGAAGACUGACAUGGUCCCACAUCAUGGAUGACUCGGACCAGGACUUCACAGACCUUUGCUCAAAGCUGCUGAAACGAGUCCGCAAGAAACCAGCUGACUCCAGGCAAGCAAAAAAAGCAGAGCAGCCGCCCUCCAGUCAGAUAAUACAAGGAGACAAGAGCAGAAAACAUAACGGGACAAACGGAGAUGUAGGGUCGAAGUGUGCAGUGACCCAGUCUGUGUCUAACGUUGCUGAGGCAGGUCCGCCUGCUAAACGGAGAGGACAAGAUUCAGGAGAUGGUGGAGCAUUGGAUGUGCCCGAAGCUUCUGUAGCUUUAAAACAAGUUGAAAAAAAGCUGGUGGCAAAAGAUAUAGUUCUCCUCAGGAUGCAACAGUUCAAGAGAGCUGAUCCUAAAAGGAUGGUGCCUGAGAGCCAAACAACGGGGCACAAGAGCAACUGUGAUCCGCCUGAAUCUUCAGCACAAAAACGAGAAGUUCAAGAAUCAUUCAGCCCAGGCAUGUCAUCUGAGGCCCAGGACAGUGACGAGGCUCUUGCUCUGCGACUGCAGCAGGAGCUGGACAGGGAGGCAGCAGAGUCUCAGACUGUAGACCUGGAGGAAGGUGGACUUUUCUUCUGUCAGAUCUGCCACAGAGACCUGUCACAUAUGACCCCAGAAGGGCGCACACAGCACCUUAACAGGUGUUUAGAUGAGAGUGAACAGAGUGCCCCUGUGCUUCCACCUCCUCAACCCCCUCCCCCUCCUCCUCCUGGUGUCCCUGACUGUCCCAUUUGUGGCAAGAAGUUCAAGUCCCAGAAGAGUCGCUCGGCACAUCUAAAGCGUUGCUCCACAGACUUGGGAGUCUCUCCAGCUGUGCUGCUGCAGGCCGUACAGAGACAAGCUGAGGAGACCCAGAAUGCUCCCUCUGCUAACACACUCAUACAGACUGGAGGUACCAAAAGAAAAGGGCCAUCUAAGCCGGGUCUCCCAGCAAGGAAGAAGCCCAGGAAGAAGACCGAACCCCUGGAUGAAGACACCAUGAUGGCCCUGGCUCUGUCGUCGUCCCUGCUGGAACAGGAGAAAGAGAAGAACAGAGAGACAGAGUCAGAGAGACAAACAGAGACGGCUGCCUCACACACCUCUGUGCUGAAGUGGAGGCCUGACGCAGGUAGGGGGCGUGGGAAGAAAAAGGUUGCUGCUUCUCGCCCUCCUCAGCUCCUCCUCAUUCAGGAUGCCAACACAGCUCAGACAAGACUGCAGGAACGUGUCGCUGCUCUUCUGCUGUACAGUCCGCCACCCUCUCCACCCACCCCAACCCUUUCCCCCAGCAGUCUUCCUGGCUGGAGCGGUGCUGCCCCCCUCUGGCAUAAGAGCAAGCUGCUGGACGAAGGCUCCACCUGUCUGUCUGAUUUCUACACUCCUGAGCUCAGAGAGUUCAUCACACCCUGGGAAUCAGGAGCGACUGUUCCAGCCUCCAACAGCACCAUCAAUAACCUUGAGUCUCCCAAAAGAGGGGCGACAGAAGGAACUCCUCUCACAGGAUCCAGAGCCUCCAUCCUGCCAUCCUCUUCCAAGACGCCCUCCUCCACCCCGGGGACAGGGCAGCUCCCAGUAGGCAGCCAGGCGCUCCGAGAUCUGAUGGAGCUGGCUGAUGACGGCAUGACCCUCACUCAGUGUGGCUUCACUGCUUCAGGCUCUAACGGCAAGAAUGUCGGUCAGACCACAAACCUUCAUCUGAGUGGCUUCGUCCCAGAGGAGUCAGAGGAACAGGCUGACCUCUGUGUGAGCGGCUUCCUACCUGACAGAACACACACACACUCAGAUCACACACACAACCGAUCAAGGAGGGUGACCAGUCUGUCAAGAGCAGAUAAGGAGCAAUCAGUUGCUAUAUCCAGACUGUCUUCAGAUCUGAGCAGCAUGGUGAACAAUCCUCAGCUCAGUGAUGUGCAGCUACAGGUGGACAGUGGAGAUGUCUUCUUUGCUCAUUCCUUCAUGCUGUAUGCUCGCUGCCCUCUGCUGGCAGAAAUGAUUCAUGAAAGUGGUUUUGGGGUACGGGAAGAAGGUCUGCCUGCUGCACAGAGGGUGCUGAUCAGUGAUGUCCCGGGACAGGCUGUGCUUGUUUUGCUGCAGUACCUCUACACAGCUCACUGCUCUAUCCCAGCAUCCCUGCUGCCUCAUGUACUGGAGCUAGCAUCCAGGUUUGACUUGCAGGAACUGCAGCAGCUUUGCAAGCUCCACAGAGAGGAUUCUACAACUGAAGGUGAAGAGGAAGACUACAUAAAUCAGGAGAACAUCAACAACCAAACAGACCAGGCCCUGGAGGAACUGCUCCGCUCCAUGUGGAACGAAGAGGAAGAGGGCACUGACACAGACAUGAAUAACGAAGGAGAAAUGGAAGAAGAUCAGCAGGCAGAUAGUCUCACAGCAGCUGAAGUAGAAAUCCAUGAAGAGAAAGUAAACGAAGAAGAGAUGGAGGAGAUCUAUGAGUUUGCUGCCACGCAGAGGAAGAGGGAGGACAAGGAAGACAGCGUGGAGGAAGAGGAGGUAUUUACGAAACUGACAGAACCUAGAAGAACCUCAACAGACCUCAGUGUAAAAAACCUGAACCAGACAUCUCCCCUGAAGCCGGACCUCAGCUACAGCCGCCUCUUUUCCCAGUCCUGGGGCGUCUACGAGGAAGGAGAUCCCUCCUCUGCAACACAGGACCCGCUGUCCCAACAACAUAAGUCCCCUCUAAAACCCACAUUCAACCUGUCAGGUAGAGCCUUGCUUCAAUCUUCAGGGAGUGUUGUUGAAGAGAAUUCCCUCAGCCCUCCUCCCAGUUCAUCCAACCUUCCUGUUACGGGUCAGUCACCUGGUCUAGUGGGACCCCGGGUUGCUGAGUCUUCUCUUUUAAAGCAACAAAGUCAACAUUUUCAGAGUAUCUGUGCCCCUGUGUCUCCUCAUUUGAGUCAGACAAAGAAAGAACCUGAGCUUAUAGUUUUGUCUGACUCAAGCGAGGAAAUAGAGGAUGUCUUUUGUCCCUGUAGUUCAUCCCCGAGCACUCACACCCAAAUCAAAACUCAACCAGCCCUGAAAGAAAGCAAAUUCACCAUGGAAGUUAGAAAAUCCAGUAGUUUAGAGCAAAGUCUUGGUGAUUUAUCUCCAGCCCCAGUUCAAAGUUAUCCAGCAGAGUGUUCUCCUGAAGUCUCCUGGCUGAUCCCAUCCACACCGCUCAAGCACAUACAAAGCACCACAAGCAGCUCCACUCAGACCAGGAGCAGCAUGUGUAGGACUAGGCUGUUCUCCAAACAUGAUGUUUCAUCCUCCUCUGUUUUCUCUUCUCCUGCUUUACCAUCAAAAAAUAAGGCAACCAGAGUGUCUACCCUUGCCGGCCCAACAGAGGGCAGCAUUCCUCUGGUAAAACUGGAGGAGGAUGAUCCCUGCAGCUCUGACUUUGAUCUCAAUUUUUGUUCAAAACAAACCAGUGAUCCUGUUCUAAAUAAGGAUAGAGACUAUUUUGCAGUUCCCAACAGCAAAGGCAAAGCUUUACACCCUUCAUUUUCAACUUCAUCAAAGCAGGAGACGCCCCUUCACCCCCACGCAAACAUUCAGCCACACAGCAGCACCCCUUUGCACACAGAGCUACACCUGCCCCCUGCUUAUCCUGCAACAUCCCCGCUCCACUGCGAUGCUAAUAAGCAGAGGUCGACAAGUAAGGAAAGGGAGAAGGAGCCUUUCAAAAGCCCAGAGAAGACAGAGUUAGGAAGCUUUCAUCUCUCCCCACUGUCCGACCCAUCAGACCCAUCCUCUUCUUCUUCAACUAGAGGUCUUCAGAGCUCACAGAGACACAGCAAUGCAUCAUCUCAUCAAAGUCGACAUUCUGUCGAGUCAAAUAGUCACAGCAACACUGAGCCUGAGAGAAAAGGAGAAAUGGAGUGUGAAAAUGAAGAUAAAAGUAAUAACCAAGAGCAGCAUGGAGCUAAAUCAGAAACUCAAGACGCAGAUUUAAGCUGCCAGCAGAGCUUCAUGGACAUGGACGAGCCCCCCAUAGCUUUCAAUGACUCUUGGGGCCUUGAUGCCUGCGCAGACGUGAACCCGGGCCGCUUCAGUCUGAGGCUAGAGGAAAGCAGAGGGUCCAGCAAGCAAGAGGACAGCCCAGAACAGAGAAAAACAGCCAGGUCAUCUUCAUCUGCUGACUCCCAGCCUUCACCAGUGGCUCUGAGUGUCCAGUCACCAAAGAGUCGUAGUGGUGUGAGUAACUUUUCUCCUUCAAAAGCUCACAGCAGACGACCACAGGACCCCUCCACUCCUGAGAUGAACAGUAUCCUUGACUCUAAAAUUUGGAACAGCUGGAAGGAGGAAGAAGACGAAGAGGAGGAGGAGGUAGCUCUUCCUCUCUCCCAGAGGCUGAACCCUUCUCCCAAACUCAAAACACCGGCCGCUACAUCACACAAUAAAAGGCGCCGCAGCCUGGUACCCAUCACCCCCAUGCCACAUUACUCCGACAUGGACACACCAGAGCUCAAGAACAAACUCAACAGGUUUGGUGUUCGACCUCUACCAAAGCGUCAGAUGAUCCUCAAACUAAAGGAGAUCCACCAGUACACCCACCAGCUUGCCAGCUCUGACUCUGAUGGCGACUCCCCCUCUGUGGGCCGUGCUGCUCAGGUGAAGCCCCAACGUGCCAGCACAGUUGCUGCCAGGCGCAGACCAACCUCCUGUGCCCAGACAGUGAGGUUUAAAGAGCCCAGAGCGCCUGAAACCUCCCCUCUAAAAAACAACAGGGAGGAACUGCUGUCUGCCUCACAGGGCUCCAACGCAUCAUCUACAGCUGAAGAGUCAGAGAGGUCAAACCCAGAGUUGUGCAUCUCCUCCGAUGGAGACUCGGACAGCGAUGGCGGUAUCUCUGCCUCCCAGGUGGCCUCCCGUCUUCAGGAUCGUCUCCAGGCGGUGCGCUCCUUCAUCCUGUCCGACUCUAUGCUGUACACUCAGAUCCUCCAGUACCAGCCCCUGGUCCUGUCUCAGCUCCAGCAGAGACUCAAGGCAGCUGGGAUCCGACUGGGCGCAGCCAAACUGGUCGACUACUUAGACUCUCAGUGCAUCACCUUCACCACCGCCAAGCCCGGCCACACGGCUCAGAGCUGCAGACGGGUCAAGAAGACAAAGGGAACGGGUGAUGGUGUAGCAGGCAGGAAGAAAGUGGUUUCAGCAAUGCUUUGAAACUGCUGGAAACUUUGAUAUAAGGACAUUUUUAUGCAGAUCUUUGAAGAUAUUUUCAGGAGAAAAUGAAAUUGUGACUUUUAAAGGCUUUGUAGUUUCAUCCCAGUUUAAAACUGACAAACUUGUUUCUUAUCUUACAUAUUUUUAAGUUAUUUUUGUUUCAAUAAUUUGUUUUUUAAUGAAGACUCGCUGUGAAAAUAAAAAAUGGUCAAUGUUGCUGAAAGACUGAAACAC